CUGUUCCAGCCCUUAAAAGGCCCAGGGGCUCUGCUAUUCUUAGGCUGUCUGUCGCUCAUCCUGCACCCUUCAGGCAAGACCUCCCCACCCACACACUUUAACACAAAUUACACACCUUAUUCACACUGGAUUUCAGGUUUUUACUCUGGGUUGUUUCGCGUUCUGAGGCUCCACAGCCCCCCCUCCCUACCCCAGGUGCUUGUCCCCACCGCUGGGUGAAGAGAGAGAAAGACGAACGGGGAAAACGUCUGGAGAGAGAGCAGCAGAGAGCAACAGCCUGCGUUAACAGGCCAGCGGGAGACAGCGAGUCAACGACUCACAGCAGAGCAGAGGGGAAUAACGAGAGAAGGAGAUAAAGGAGGAAUAUUGCUGUGUUUUUUUGUCUAAAGCUAAAGAUGAGUACAUACACAGUGACUCUGAGCGGCCCUGCUCCGUGGGGAUUCAGACUACAAGGGGGAAAAGACUUCAAUAUGCCCCUCACCAUCUCCAGGAUAACUCCAGGGAGCAAGGCAGCAGGGGGCAGCCUGACUCAGGGCGACAUCAUCUCCUCCAUCGACGGCAUCAGCACCGAUGGGAUGACACACCUGGAGGCCCAGAACAAGAUCAAGAUUGCCACCAACAAACUGGUGCUCACCAUGCACAAAUCUAGACGUCCUAACCUUUCAACAGGAAUUCCAAGAAUGGAGUCUCCCAUGUCUGUCAUCCCCCACCAGAAGGAGGGAGAGGUGAAUGUUGAUAAAGAAGAAGAAAUGGAGGCACCUGUGAAGUUUGGAAUCCGAUUGGCUAAAAAACCCUCCAAAACCAACCUGCUCCCAGAGGAGUCUGUGCAUCGCUUCCCCCCCGCCCCCAAGCCCCCCGCGGUCUCUCCUCCAGCGGUCUCUCCUCCAGCGGUCUCUCCUCCAGCGGUCUCUGCUCCAGGCCAGUGGGGGCAGUACAACUCCCCCGCUGGCCUCUAUUCGGCCCAGACUCUCAGAGAGAUGGCCCUGCUGCAAGGCAUGCUGGGGGAGGGGGCGGCGGCCAGUGGACUGUCUUUCUUAAGUACGGAGUACGUUCCUAGCUUCAACCCCAUCGCCCUGAAGGACUCCGCUCUCUCCACCCACAAGCCCAUCGAGGUGAGGGGCCCUGGGGGCAAGGCCACCAUUGUUCACGCCCAGUAUAACACACCAAUCAGCAUGUACUCUCAGGACGCCAUCAUGGAUGCCAUCGCAGGACAGUCCCAGGGGAAGGGGCAUGACGGAGAGGAAGCCCCAGCAGGUUCUCCCCUAGCUGGCUCCCUGCCUGUCAAAGAGUGUGUGGUGGACAGCGCGUCCCCCGUGUACCAGGCUGUGCUCCAGCCCAACGAGAGGAACCAGGACAUGUCUGAGUGGACACAUCGUGCUGCCAACCUGCAGUCCAAGAGCUUCAGGAUCCUGGCUCACAUCACCGGCACUGAAUACUUACAAGACCCAGACGAGGAGGCCUUGCAGAGGUCGAGGGAGAAGUUUGAGUCAGAGGUGAAGGGUCCUCGCUUUGCCAAGCUGAAGAACUGGCACCACGGACUGUCUGCACAGAUCCUCAACAUCCAGGAGUAAAGUGAUGUAGGCGGAGAGGAGAAGAGAAGAGGGGAGAGGAGAAGAGGGGAGAGGAGGGGAGAAGAGGGGAGAGGAGAGGAGAAGAGGGGAGAGGAGGGGAGAGGAGGGGAGAGGAGGGGAGAGGAGGGGAGAGGAGCAAAUAGGAGAAGAGAUUAUGGGAUGUGAGUUAGGUUGGUAGACUAGUUGAAUAGUUUGUGAGACUACUUGUUAGUGAGUGCUGAUUGUUUCCCUGUUUUCUCAAUAUUUCUGUUCAGUGUGUAUCUAUCUGCUGCCAAGAAUGUACCUCUGCUUUUAGUCGAUUUUAUCUUUUUGGUUUUGUCUCUCUUACGUAAAAUAUAGGGAUUUGUACAAAAAGUAUUGAAGAUAUAUUGUAUAGCUAAUCAUGUAACUUCUGUGACUAACACACCAAUACAAACACUCGCUUUCUGAAGAAGAAGAAAAAGUACGCUAAUACACACACAUACCAAAAUACAAACAUGAAGAACUGUACUGUUAACAAUGUGAAUAAAAACUUUCAUUAAACCAAAUCAAA